AUGCAAUUAGUUAAUGUUUGCGAAAGAGAGCAAAUAUACGACAUAUUGCCGUCUUUUCAGCUACAUGAUCACCUAUACCAUCGUCGUGUAGUUGAGAAGAAUGAAACAACAAAUCCUCCAACCUACGAAGAAAAUUUUUUGCUGGCUUCUCCUAAUCAAAGAGCAAAUCUCAGAAGCAGUUCACCAAUUGAAGCACCUAAGCUUUUAGAUUGUAUUGAUACACUACAGCAGGUAAAUAAAUCCAUUGAGAGUGUGAUUAAGUUGAAGUAUCCCACAAAAGUCUAUUCACCUGGAGAAAUUAUUUCAGGUUACGUCCACUUAGAAAACAACGGUAACACAAUUAUUCCUAUAGAGCAGAUAGUUGUAUCAUUGGAGUGUGAUGUUGGUAUUUUUAGUCAUAAGUAUAACAAAGCAAUUACAAAAACAAUCAUCAAUAUGAUAGAUUUAGAAGCAUCAAUUGUGCCUCCUUAUCAACACCUUUCUGAAACCUUGCUCUAUCCUAAAGCUUUUAUGAAACAGUUUUUCCAAUUUAGAAUACCAAAGUACCUUCUUGAUAACUGCUGCGAACGUCAAUUGACUGAGCACAUGAAGGUGCCACCAUCUUUUGGUUGCAAACAUAUUAACAUUUCAGGAAAGAAAAUUGAUGAGGUUAAAGACUAUGCAAAGCUUGGUGAUUAUGUUUCAUAUACUAUAAAAGCGAAAUUUAUUGGUAAGACCCCACCUAAUUAUACAAAUAAAGCGCAUAAGUCAGAUUUUGUACUUCUAGCUGGUGUCUUUCAUGAUUUCAAAGUAGGGACGCAUUUGACGUUUAGUGAUCAUAUCCCGUAUGGCACUACUAAUGAGCAGUUAUUUAAUCUUGAAAAGUACGUUAGGGAGUCAAUUGAAGAGCUGAAGGAAAAAAAGAUGUUGUUUGACGUGGGGAUUAAAGAGGAACAUGAUCAGAUAGAUAUAAUCUACAGUUCAGUAGGAAAGCAUAAAUGCCAAACCAAUUGUGACUUGCAAGUUCCAAAGAAAUCACAAGAAGUUACAACACGGGUAAGGAAGCCACUUUUUGGAACUGUAUUAGGUAAUAUUAAAGCUACAGCUGACAUUUCCGAAUAUGUUACUAUUCAGAGUUUUUUUGCAUACUCACAUACAUCGUGUCCGUUGACCUACCCAAGCGUUACACUUUCCUUGGAAUUUCAGCUAAUCAAUCAAAAGGAUGUGAAGGGGAUUCCUUCCAUUAUAACAAUAGAGCCUGAAAUAACUGCUGUUGACAUACAUGCAAAUUAUAAGCUACCAGUGGAGUUUGAUAGUUCUUUUAUCAGCUUGGGAAAAGAAAAAAUAGUAUCACAGUUUGAUAAAUUUAAGAGGCUGCAAGCUGAAGUAAUAAAACUUUCUCAAGAGGGCCUGGAUAUCCAUCCACGACUAUUUAAGCUAUUGGAUUCGUUAACUCAAUUUGAAUAUAGUGAAACUAAACUUCCAAACCUAUUCAAAAGGAAAACUUUAAACCUGGUUUGGAACUAUGACUCAGCCAAAAAAAGCCUCCAAUGCAAUGUUAGGAUGCCAUUAGAGUUUAACUUCAAGGAAAUUUUUAAUAAAAAAAUAACGUUAGUUCCUGGGUUUCAGCAUUGUCUCUUUGGAAGAAUGUACAAGUUGGAGCUACACUUUACAACAAAACAUGGAAGGCUUAAACCAAUGACACUCCCGAUCACAGUUAUAUGA